AUGCUCAAAAUUUAUCCCCUCGCAACUCCGAAGAAUUAUUACUGCCAUAUAGGAAAACUGAAGGCAACUGCUGAUCUCAGAUACUUCGAUAUCCCUCCUGAGGAAGUGGUGCCAGCUUUGGGAGAGGCUUCACGAAUGAUUGGAGUGAAGUUGACGUAUGGACGAUUUCGAGGGAAAAGCUUGGCCUCUCUGGGAGCAUUGAAGAGGACCGAGCCUCUCUGUGAUAGCACGGUUGUCCAAUAUCAUGGUUACUUAUCCGGCCGAGACAACAACAAAUUGUUUUAUUGGUUUUUCGAAUCUCGUGACGCAUCACGAGAAAGUCCAACCUUGAUAUACUUCCAAGGAGGCCCCGGUGCCAGUAGCCUCUUCUCGGCCGUAUCGGGCAAUGGUGGCCCCUGUGUUGUUAACGAUGAUGGCGAAAGUACUUCAAUGAAUGAGUUUUCGUGGAAUACCAAAGCGAAUGUUAUGUACCUCGAACAACCGGCUGGAGUCGGUUUCAGCAAAGGAACUCCUCCAACAAACUCUGUGAAAGCAGCUGAUUCGACGUAUCUCGCCCUCAUCGAAUUCUUCCGUUCGCGACCCAAGUACAACACACGAGUCUUCCUAGCCGGCCAAUCCUUUGCUGGUAUGAUUAUACGCGCUCAGGCUUGA